CGAGUGGUGGCGAUUCUCUCAGCCCUGAUCCUGGUCAAUCUUGCCGCUGCCCUGGACUCGACCUCGAUUUCCGUGGCACUCCCAGUAAUCACUAAAGACCUCGGGGGGGAUUCCAUCAGUGCGUUCUGGUGUGGGACCUCGUUUUUGGUGGCCUCCACCCUCAUCCAACCAAUCCUGUGUGUCAUCUCGGACCUCUUCGGACGUAAGCUGGCUAUCGUGAUCUCGCUGGUGACCUUCACCAUCGGCUCGGUGCAGUGCGCGGCGGCGCUGGGCUUCACGCCGAUGCUCUGUGGGCGAGUCUUCCAGGGGCUCGGAGCGGGCGGCUUCAACGUCAUGACCGAAGUCCUGCUCACCGAUCUGCUGCCCCUGUCCCAGCGUGGCACUUGGUUCGGGGUGUUGGGAGCCUCGUGGGCGAUUGGGAGUGCCUGCGGUCCGGUGGUCGGGGGCGCGUUGGCCCAGCUCUCCUCCUGGCGCUGGAUCUUCUGGUUGAACCUCCCCUUCAUCGGGCUCGCGCUGCUGGUGAUGCCAUUCCUACUGCAGCUCCAGAAGCCCCCGCUCACACCAACCAGCCUGCGCAGUCUCGACUACCUCGGCGCCUGUCUCUUCCUGACCUCGCUGGCCGCCCUCCUCAUCCCUCUUACCUGGGGCGGAGUGGUCUACCCCUGGACCUCGUGGCACACGCUGGUGCCCCUUUUGCUGGGCGCUGCGGGGUUGUUGGCUUUCAUUCUGUGGGAGCGGCGCCUCCCUCCCUCCGUCCACGCUUUUAUCCCGUUCACUAUCUUCAACAACCGGUCGACCAUCCUGAACUACAUGGGGGCAUUCAUCCUGGGCAUGCUCCUGUGGACGCUCCUCUACUAUCUCCCGCUGUACUAUGAAGUGGCGCAUGGCUACAGCAUGGUGAUGUCGGGGGUGGCGCUGUUCCCGGAGACCUUCACGACGGCGCCGGCGGGGAUCGCGACGGCCUUCGUGAUCGCGCGCACGCAGCACUACCGGUGGGCGCUGUGGACGGGCUGGACGCUGUCGACGGUGGGACUGGGGCUAUUACGCCUUCUGACGGUGACGACGGCGGUCGCGCACUGGAUCGCGCUGAAUCUCACCGUGGGCGUCGGGGCGGGCGUGCUCUACCCGGCGCUGGCGCUGGCCAUCCAAUCCUCCGCCCCGCUGAACCACAUGCCUAUCGCCGUGACCAUGAUCAGCACCGCGCGCAAUCUCGGCCGCACAGCGGGCGUCGCACUCGGGGGCUCGAUCUUCCAGAACCGCAUGCGCUACCACUGCCGGCACAGUGGCGUGGGAGCCCUGGUGGCGCAGGCGGGCGUCUAUGCGCAGGACGCGGCCAUGCUGUCCGAGGUAUUCAAGGGCAUGCCGACAGACACGAAGGGUUUGGAGAAGGAGGCGUUGAAGGUCGCGUAUGCCCGUGCCUUGGCGGAUGUCUGGGUGUUUCUGUGCGGGGUGGCGGGGGUUGGGUGGCUGAGUUCGUGGUUUAUAAGGGAGUUCUCCAUGGAGAGGGAGUUGUUCACGACGCAGCCGUUGGAGUCC